CUUCCUCAAGAAACCGGAGCAUUCAUACCGAGUCCGGAGCGGGCCCUCGAUAUGUUCGAGUCAGCCAUCCAGAUUGGACACAGAGAGUGGCAGAACGAUCGCCUGGAGCCUACCGCCGAAUUCCUGAUUAGCGACUCAGAAGCUGCGACGUCCACCCCUCGCGAAACCCUCGAAAGUGCCGCAUUCCCUACACCUUUUGACCUGGAAGGAGUUCGGGAUAUGGAUAUGGCAUCUGUCUUACCAGCCCUGACCAUCAAUGAUGCGACCGACUUUCAAGAUGUGUCUAGUAGCUCGUCGUCCGUUACCUCGGCAGAGGUCUCUGGCGAUGCUGCUUAUGUGUCUUCCAUCUCAAACGGGACUCAGGAUAUGGACAUGACAUCUAUCGUGCAUGAAAACUUCGCCGAUGGUGACGUGUUCGUGCUCCAGAGCGAAGAAGCGAGCGAGUGCUCAAACGAGGAGUUUUCGGACGCCUCGUUCUACUCUGCUUUCGAAUCUCCCUCGGAUAUGUCAUUUGACUCCUACAUGAACGAAAGCUCGGAUGAUUCCGCCGACUCAGACGAGGAUGAAGGCUCAGAUGCCUCGUUCGACUCGAACAGAGACGAAUGGUCGGAUGAUUCAUUCUCCUGGACUGGGGAUGAGCGCUCAGACGACUCCUUCGUCUCAGCCAGAGACGAAGGGUUCUCGGUAUACCACUCAUUCACCCUAGACUCUCCCGACUUUUCCGGCAUCGACUCCAUUGACGAUCCGCUCGCAGCGCCCCUGGACCCCCGUGACCUCGAGCUCGAGCCUUCUCCCUCUCCUUCUCCCGCUCCCUUUCCCUCGUCUUCUUCCGAAGAAGGGCAGGCACGGUCGCUCAACACCGUCGACUGGCUCAUCGCCUCCCUCAGAACGUUCACACCAGCAGAGCUCAUGAGCUUCUCACGGCGUAUCGUCCAGCCUCCGCGCCCGUGGUGGCCGCAUUACGACCUGAUCAUCGCGUACCAGGGGAUGAGCCCGGAGGAGUUUGGGGAGAUCGCACAAAGGUUGUUGAUGGAGCCGCAGGUGUCAGAAAAACCCAUGGCGACUAUUAGAUUUUAUGCUCCCACUCAGAUUUAGAGUGCUCGAUUGCGCUUCUCUAUUGUGCUCUGGGUUGGCUCUGGGUUAGAUCUUCUUCUCGCUCUUGUGGUCUUGGGUUCUUGGUCUUCUCUGCGGUGCUCUGAGUCGAAAUCUUCUUCUCGCUCUUGUGGUCUCGGUGUUCUUGGUCUUUUCUUCCUGGCUCUGGAUACUCUGCUCAGCGCUGACUAAUCGACCUCUACACGCUCCAAAACUAAGCAACCGGAAUCCGGGAGUGUGACGCGCGUCACUUCCGGAUUCCAGUUAUUUAGUUUGGGAGCGUGUAAUCGACCAUACCUACCUCUCGUCCUCUCCUAAUGGUCUCUAGCUCUGGCUUUUACUAAUCACCACUUGCUUUCUGAUGACGACGCUGAACCUUUCACUGAUUUAUAGUCACUAUUCAUUCAUUUAUACUUCCGC